CACUACGAGUUGCCCCUCUCCAUUCCUCGAAUAUCCUUACAUCUAGAAGCCUUCCCCAAACUCUAUGUCUUUAAAAGCCUCAAAGGCCUUGCCUUCUCAGAGCGCUCGCUAUUUCUGAGAAAAAAAAAAAAUCUGUGGGCGGAGAUUUCAGCACACUAGUUGAAUACUUUUCGCCCAUUUAAACACCUAUUUCUUCCAUUUCUGUUGGUUAAAGCCUGACUGGUUCAGGGGUUUCGUUUUCCGAGGUCUAGAGUACAAGUCCUGCAAAAUGAGUUUGGUUUUGGAAGAAGACUGUUUUUAGCGACACUGGUUAAAUACUUUUCGCCCUUUUAAACACCUAUUUCUUCCAUUUCUGUUGCUUGAAGCCUGACUGUUCCGGGUUUUAGUUUUCCGAGGUCUAGAGUUCGAGUCCUGCAAAAUGAGUUUGGGUUUUGGAAGACGAUUAUUAUUAGCGGCCGGUCCUGCGAGGGCUCCGCUGGGCGGCGAGGGGCCUGAGCAACGGGAUUUGUAUAUGAACGAAGCGAGAAUAGAUUCUGAUCUGGUGGUCAUAUUGGCGGCUCUUCUCUGCGCUCUUAUUUGCGCCCUGGGUCUAAAUACUCUGCUCAAGUGUGCCCUGCGCUGCACAAGGCGAAUGGUUUUUGAAUCGUCUGAUGACGUGGGAGUCCGGCUGGCAAAUACGGGGCUAAAGAAGGCGGCCAUGAAAGCCCUGCCUGUUAUAGUCUACACCACCCCUUCGGAAUUUCCAGGGGUCGGAUCCGACUGCCCUAUUUGCCUUGCGGAAUUUGUUGACGGGGACAAGGUUCGAGUCCUGCCCAAGUGCAACCACGGCUUCCACGUGGAAUGUAUUGACAGGUGGCUUGCCUCGCAUUCGUCUUGUCCUACGUGUAGGCAUUGUCUCAAGAAGAAGUCGACCUCGGCCCCCGUGACGUGUAAUGCCCAGCUUGAGGUCCCUGACAAUGCAGUCCACGUCAUCAUUGAUGCAGGUGCUAGCGAACCUGGUGUUCCGCAUGAGCUGCCGCCAGCUGUCAGUUGUUCGCCUGCAGAAGAGCAAAGUUUGGCUCCGGAUAGAGCGAGUGGAUAAGCUCUGUUCUGGAAUUUACCUGGUGAAGCUUUUCGGGAUAACUUUAUAGCUUUUCUUCUUGCAGAAGCAAGAACGCUGUAAUUUUUAAUUAUUUGUGUAAAAAUUGAACUGUACCUUGUUCUUUUUUUUAAAGAUUAAAAAAGGCAUUCUGCAUCAUGAUUUAA